GCCAAUCGAAAUUAGGAGAAGGUGGGACUUAAGGAGGCUACUUUGAGUGGGUUUUUUUGCGUGUAGCGAUGCAUGUUUGGUUGAGCUAUGAAUGAAGGGCCAUCAUUCCGGUGGCUCCGAGGAGGAAAACACAGUUUUCUACUCUCGCUACGUGUAUUUAAAAUGAACGGUCAGAUUUUUCUGUCGGGUACUUGAAUGACGACACAACCACAUUCCAUCUCUUUGCUGGGUUUUCUUGGAUGCUCUAUUCUACUCCGUGCAUUUUAUUCUUCAAAGAUUCCCCAGGACCUCUUUAGACCAAUGCCAUAGUUUUUAAAUUUCUUUCCAGAACCUGCACACAAUCUGUUUAUAUUGUUGCAAUUUUUUGUUUCAUCUUAAUAAUCCUCACAAAUCUUCACCUGAUAUCAAGUUAAAAGGAACGUCUGAACCCUUACGCGUACGUGACAGAAAACAAGAGCCACCAUGUCCUCCAUUCUUCCCUUCACACCCCCAGUGGUGAAGCGCCUCCUGGGGUGGAAGAAGACUCCGGCCGGGAGUGGAGGAGCGGGUGGAGGAAUAGGUGGAGUCGGGGAGCAGAAUGGAGGAGGGCAGGAGGAAAAAUGGUGCGAGAAAGCAGUGAAAAGCCUUGUGAAGAAGCUGAAGAAGACCGGUCAGCUGGAUGAGCUGGAAAAAGCCAUCAGCGCACAAAACAGCAACACAAAAUGCGUAACAAUACCCAGCAAUUGCUCAGAACUGUGGGGUCUGGGCUCAGGCCACACGAUAGAGCAGUGGGACUCUACAGGCAUGUACGGAUACCCUGACCAUAGCAGGUCACUGGAUGGCCGCCUUCAGGUUUCUCAUCGUAAAGGCCUGCCUCAUGUCAUCUACUGCCGCCUGUGGAGAUGGCCUGACCUUCAUAGUCACCAUGAGCUUAGGGCCAUUGACACUUGCCAAUAUGCAUUCAACCUCAAGAAGGAUGAAGUUUGUGUCAAUCCUUACCACUACCAGAGAGUGGAGACGCCUGUGUUGCCUCCUGUGUUGGUGCCACGCCAUGCAGAGAUUCUGACUGAGCUUCCACCUCUAGACGACUUCACAAACUCUAUCCCUGAAAACACCAACUUUCCUGCAGGCAUAGAACCUCCUAACAACUAUAUACCAGACACUCCUCCUCCGGGAUAUAUGAGUGAAGAUGGAGAAACCAGCGACCAGCAAAUGAAUCAAAGUAUGGAAUCAGGCUCACCAGCAGAAAUGUCACCAAGCGCUCUGUCACCGGUCAGUCAUGGCCUAGACCUUCAGCCGGUCACCUACAGUGAACCAGCUUUCUGGUGCUCUAUAGCUUACUACGAGUUGAACCAGCGGGUCGGUGAGACCUUCCACGCCUCGCAGCCAUCUCUGACCGUCGACGGAUUCACGGAUCCCUCCAACUCAGAACGCUUCUGUUUAGGCCUUCUCAGCAAUGUCAACAGAAAUGCCACUGUGGAGAUGACAAGGAGGCAUAUAGGUCGUGGUGUGAGGUUGUAUUACAUCGGAGGGGAGGUAUUUGCCGAGUGCCUCAGUGACAGUGCCAUCUUUGUUCAGAGCCCCAACUGCAACCAGCGAUAUGGAUGGCACCCAGCUACUGUCUGCAAGAUACCGCCAGGCUGUAAUCUGAAGAUUUUUAACAACCAGGAGUUUGCAGCCCUGCUAGCUCAGUCGGUCAACCAGGGCUUUGAGGCAGUGUACCAACUAACCAGAAUGUGCACAAUCAGAAUGAGCUUCGUCAAGGGUUGGGGAGCAGAGUACAGACGCCAGACUGUAACCAGCACUCCUUGUUGGAUCGAACUGCAUCUCAAUGGCCCCCUCCAGUGGCUGGAUAAAGUGCUGACCCAGAUGGGUACCCCAACAGCGCGCUGCUCCAGUAUGUCCUAAAACAAGAUCCAUGCAAAGUCAGACUGACAUUUCACAACGUCAAAACAGUUUGUCUUAAAGGAGACUACCAUGCAGUCUUAAAUAAUGUACUAAUAGCGUUUAAAAAAAAAAUAAAUAAAUAAAGUGAAGAACAAAAUGUCAUACAGUGGACCAGAAGAUAGAAGAACAGCAUCUGUAAAGGAUUACCGUGGAAGUUUGUUUGUGGAGCUGAAUAUUUGUCAACCUUAUAGUUGAAAUUGGCCUGCAAAUCCAUUUGAGAACUCAGUGUAGAAAGAGUGAUUUUCUUUAUGGACAACGACGACGUCAACAUCUGGGCUCUGAUCAAGAAACCUGGAGCAGGACUGAGCCUUACUGUCCUCAGGGACGACACAGCAGUUUUGGGGAUCAAGCACGACACCUAGUAAUUUUUUGAAACAGUCUGUCCUACCCAUUAGCUCAGCUCAACUCUUUGAUUUAGUGUGAAUAGUUCAGUUUACACAAUGUUAACCAACUGCCACUCCAGCUUCUAUUUAACCAAAGUCAGAAUCACUACCUAGCAUGACUUUUCCCCUGUCAUCCAUCCUGUUUUAUUCAAGUUGUUGUGAUCAUUGACCUGGUUAUCUUGGAGUGUGCUCUUCAGCUCUUGAAGGAAACAAUUUGUUGGCGUUUGUAUCAUCACACGUACACAAACACUUUGUUUUUAACACAAAUUGUCCUCUGAAAACUUGAUGUAAGUUUAAAGAUGUUUGUUCAUUGGAUAGUGGCAAAUUAAAACUCCCAUAUAUAAAUAUAUUUAGAGCAGUAUCAGUGAUUGCUCAGCACAAAUAAAUAAUGGAUACAUUUAGAAAUUCUUAGAGCAAGAUGAAGAGCAUACAACAUCCCACCUCUCCGCAUCUGCAGAAAACCAAUCAAGUGUUUUUUAAAAAAAAAAUCUUUGAUAUCACAGUAUUUAACCCACUUUGCAUGCUCUUACUCCUUCUGUUACACAAUGUACCAGUAGCUUAGUUUAGAGCUUCAUCUUUGCUUCUUUCUGUCUGACACGCAAUAAGAGGAUUAUUUCUGAGAUUUCCAAAUAUAAAAGAAAAUAUUUUGAACUGAUGCAGUUUUCAAAUUAUAACAAAUUAUCAAGAGAAAAAGUCCUCCAAGGUAGGACUUUAAUCUAUAAAUCUAUAAAAUAGCUUCUAUACUGUACUUGCACUGCCCCAAAUUAUGCACCCCUAAGAAAGUUGCCUUCGAUGUCAAAUACAAUAUGCUCUGAAUUGUCCAUUAAAAGUAAACAUACAUUU